UUUGGUUUCCUGGGAGGCUUUCUAGCUAGAUAAGUCUCAGCACUUCACGUGUUUCCUAACUUUAUGAGCGUAAACAUUAUGGCAAGCUGAUGCUUCAAAAACACCAUAUCAUCAGAUAUUUCAUAUAAAUAGUUACAAAAUUAAUGGAAGCUCCUCACAGAGUAGUAAGAGAGCCUCUGUGACCCUGGGUUUAUAACAAAGCUCAGAAAAUACUAAAGGUUAAAGGAGAAUUGAGAGCUGCCAAGGAAAUGAAAGAUGAGGCGGGGGAGAGAGACAGAGAAGUGAGCAGCCUGAACAGCAAGCUGUUAAGCCUGCAACUUGACAUCAAGAAUCUGCACGAUGUCUGCAAGAGACAGAGGAAGAUCUUGCAGGACAAUCAGCUCUGCAUGGAGGAGGCAAUGAACAGCAGCCACGACAAGAAGCAAGCACAGGCAUUAGCAUUCGAGGAGUCAGAGGUGGAAUUUGGGUCCAGUAAACAGUGUCAUCUGAGACAACUCCAGCAACUGAAGAAAAAAUUGCUGGCCCUUCAACAAGAACUGGAGUUUCGCACAGAGGAGUUGCAGACUUCUUACUAUUCUCUCCGCCAGUAUCAGUCCAUCCUAGAGAAGCAGACUUCUGACCUGGUUCUUCUGCACCAUCACUGCAAACUGAAAGAAGAUGAGGUGAUUCUCUAUGAGGAGGAAAUGGGAAAUCACAACGAGAACACAGGGGAGAAGCUCCAUUUGGCGCAGGAGCAACUCGCCUUGGCCGGGGACAAGAUCGCCUCCCUAGAGAGGAGCUUAAACCUCUACAGGGAUAAAUACCAGUCUUCCCUGAGCAACAUCGAGUUACUAGAAUGCCAAGUGAAGAUGUUGCAGGGGGAACUCGGCGGGAUCAUGGGUCAGGAGCCUGAGAACAAGGGUGAUCAUUCAAAGGUACGGAUAUACACUUCUCCUUGCAUGAUUCAAGAGCAUCAGGAGACCCUGAAACGACUGUCUGAAGUCUGGCAAAAGGUCUCUCAACAGGAUGAUCUCAUUCAAGAACUUCGAAAUAAGCUGGCCUGCAGUAACGCUUUGGUUCUGGAGCGUGAAGAGGCUUUGAUAAAACUACAAGCCGAUUUUGCUUCCUGUACAGCCACCCACAGAUACCCUCCUAGCUCCUCAGAAGAGUGUGAAGACAUCAAAAAGAUACUGAAGCACUUGCAGGAGCAGAAAGACAGCCAGUGCCUGCAUGUGGAGGAGUACCAGAACCUGGUGAAGGAUCUGCGCAUGGAACUAGAGGCCGUGUCGGAACAGAAGAGAAACAUCAUGAAGGACAUGAUGAAGCUGGAGCUGGACCUGCACGGACUGCGGGAGGAGACAUCUGCCCACAUUGAGAGGAAGGAUAAGGACAUCACCAUCCUGCAGUGCCGGCUGCAGGAGCUGCAGCUGGAGUUCACCGAGACCCAAAAACUCACUUUGAAGAAAGACAAGUUCCUCCAAGAGAAAGAUGAGAUGCUGCAAGAGCUGGAGAAGAAACUGACACAGGUUCAGAACAGCCUCCUGAAAAAGGAGAAGGAGCUGGAGAAGCAGCAGUGCAUGGCCACAGAACUUGAAAUGACAGUCAAGGAGGCUAAGCAGGGCAAGUCCAAGGAGGCGGAGUGCAAGGCCCUGCAGGCUGAGGUCCAGAAGCUGAAGAACAGUCUCGAAGAGGCCAAGCAGCAGGAGAGGCUGGCUGCUCAGCAAGCAGCCCAGUGCAAAGAAGAGGCUGCACUGGCAGGCUGUCACCUGGAGGACACCCAGAGGAAACUGCAGAAUGGCCUCCUCCUGGACAAGCAGAAGGCAGACACCAUCCAGGAACUACAGAGAGAACUUCAGAUGCUGCAGAAGGAGUCCUCGAUGGCUGAGAAGGAACAAACCUCCAACAGAAAACGGGUGGAGGAGCUGUCAUUAGAACUCUCUGAAGCCCUGAGGAAGCUUGAAAAUUCAGACAAGGAAAAGAGCCAGCUUCAGAAGACAGUGGCUGAGCAGGAUAUGAAAAUGAAUGACAUGCUUGAUCGUAUCAAGCACCAGCACAGGGAGCAAGGCUCCAUCAAAUGCAAGUUAGAAGAAGAUCUUCAGGAGGCCACAAAGCUUCUGGAGGACAAACGGGAGCAGUUGAAGAAGAGCAAAGAGCAUGAGAAGCUGAUGGAGGAAGAACUUGAAGCUUUGCGGCAGGAAUUUAAAAAGAAAGACAAGACGUUGAAAGAGAAUUCCAGAAAGUUGGAGGAAGAAAAUGAGAAUCUCCGAGCAGAGCUACAGUGUUGUUCUACACAACUGGAAUCCUCUCUCAACAAAUACAACACCAGCCAGCAAGUCAUCCAAGACUUGAAUAAAGAGAUAGCCCUUCAGAAGGAGUCCUUAAUGAGCCUGCAGGCCCAGCUGGACAAAGCUCUGCAGAAGGAGAAGCACUAUCUCCAGACUACCAUCACCAAAGAAGCCUAUGAUGCAUUAUCCCGGAAGUCAGCCUCCUGCCAGGACGACCUGACACAAGCCCUCGAGAAGCUCAAUCACGUGACCUCAGAGACAAAGAGCCUGCAGCAAAGCUUGACACAGACCCAAGAGAAGAAAGCUCAGCUGGAAGAGGAAAUCAUUGCUUAUGAGGAAAGGAUGAAAAAGCUCAAUACGGAAUUAAGAAAACUGCGGGGCUUCCACCAGGAGAGUGAGCUGGAGGUGCACGUCUUCGACAAGAAGCUAGAAGAGAUGAGCUGUCAGGUGCUGCAGUGGCAGAAGCAACACCAGAAUGACCUCAAGAUGCUGGCAGCCAAAGAGGAGCAGCUCAGGGAGUUCCAGGAGGAGAUGGCCGCCUUAAAAGAGAACCUCCUUGAGGACGAUAAGGAGCCCUGCUGCCUGCCCCAGCGGUCUGUGCCCAAAGACACCUGUAGGCUCUACCGAGGGAAUGAUCAGAUUAUGACCAACUUGGAGCAAUGGGCAAAACAGCAGAAGGUCGCCAAAGAGAAACUAGGAAACCAGCUCCGAGAGCAGGUGAAAUACAUUGCCAAGCUGAGUGGUGAAAAGGACAGGGAACCAAGCAGAGCCAGCAGCUCCAACACAACCCGUCCUUCCUGUCCUUCCCACAGCCACCUCCACAGUGUAAUGGUCCACCUGCAGCAGGAAAACAAGAAGCUGAAGAAGGAGAUAGAAGAGAAGAAGACGAAAGCCGAGAACACAAGGUUAUGCACCAAAGCCCUAGGCCCGAGCAGAAUGGAGUCCACACAGAGGGAGAAAGUGUGCGGCGCCUUGGGCUGGAAGGGGUUGCCCCAGGAUGUGGGUCAAAGAAUGGACUUCACCAAGUACAUCGGGAUGCCCCACUGCCCGGAAAUAGGAAAACUCAACCUAAAACUCACAUGGAAUCUUAAGGGAUCCCAACAGCCAAAACAGUCUCAAAAAAGAAGAACAAAGCUGAAGAACUUACUGAUUUCAAAACUUACUACAAACCUACAGUAAUCAAAAUAGUGUGGUACUGCCAUAUAAAUCAAAAGAUAGACAUACAAACCAAUGGAAUAGACUAGAAAGAAUCCCAGAAAUAAACCCUCACAUAUAUGGUCAAAUAAUUUUGACAAGGAUGCCAAGACUAUGAAAUGGGGAAAGGAUAGUUUUUGUUUUAGUUUUCCAACAAAUGGUGCUGGGAAAACUCAAUAUUUGCAUGCAAAAGAAUAAAGCUGUGCCCUUACCUAAUACCUUAUACAAAAAUUAACUCAAAAUGGGUCAAAGACCUAAAUGUAGCCACUAAAACUAUAAAACUCAUAGAAGAAAACAUGGAACAAACCCUUCAUGGCACUGGAUUUGGCAGUGAUUAGUUCACCAAAGGCACAGGCACGAAAGGAAAUAAUAGACAAAUUAGACAUCCUGAAACUUUUAAAAUUUUGUGCAUCAAAAGCAACAUCAACAGAGUAAAAAGGCAACCCACAGAAUAGGAGAAAAUAUUUCCAAAUCAUAUCUCUGAUGUUAAUAUCCAGAAUAUAUAGAGAACUCCUAAAACUCAAGAAAACAAACAACCCAGUUCAAAAAUGGGCAGAGCAUAUGCCGAAGAAUGAAACUGGACCCCUAUCUUUCACCAUAUAUAAAAAUUAACUCCAGAUGGAUUAAGGAUUUAAAUGUCAGACCUCAGACUAUAGAAAUCGUUAUCGCCUGUAAUCCCAGCACUUUGGGAGGCCGAGGCAGGUGGAUCACGAGGACAGGAGAUCAAGACCAUCCUGGCUAACAUGGUGAAACCCCGUCUCUACUAAAAAAAAGAAAAAAAAUUAGCCGGGCAUGGUGGUGGGCGCCUGUAGUCCCAGCUACUAGGGAGGCUGAGGCAGGAGAAUGGCAUGAACCCAGGAAGGGGAGCUUGCAUUGAGCCGAGAUCGCACCACUGCACUCCAGCCUGGCGACAGAGUGAGACUACUACUCAAAAAAAAAAAAAGAAAGAAAUCGUUAUCGGGCCAGGUGUGGUGGCUCACACCUGUAAUCCCAGCACUUUGGGAGGCCAAGGCAAGUGGAUCACAAAGUCAACCAUCCUGGCCAACAUAGUGAAACCUCGUCUCUACUAAAAAUACAAAAAUUAGCUGGGCGUGGUGACACACAUCUGUAGUCCCAGCUACUUGGGAGGCUGAAGCAGGAGAAUCGCUUAAACCCAGGAGGCGGAGGUUGCAGUGAGCCGAGAUCAAACCACUGCACUCCAGCCUGGCAACAGAGCAAGACUCUGUCUCCAAAAAAAAAAAAAAGAAAAAAAAAAGAAAUCGUUCUCAACAUCGGCUUUGGCCAAGAAUUGUUGGCUAAGUCAGCAAAAACAAUUGCAACAAAAACAAAAAUUGGUAGGAGGGACCUAAUAAACUAAAGAGCUUCUACACAGCAAAAGAAACUAUCAGCAGAAUAAACAACCUACAGAGUGGGAGAAAAUAGUCACAAACUACACAGCUGACAAAGGCCUAAUAUCUAGAAUCUAUAAGGAACUUAAACAAAUCAAGCAAAAAACAAAUAACCCCAUUAAAAAAAUGGGCAAAGGACAUGAACAGACACUUCUCAAAAGAACACAUACAAGCAGCCAACAAACAUAUGAAAAAAUGCUCAUGAUCACUAAUCACCAGAGAAAUGCAAAUCAAAACCACAAUGAAAUACUAUCUCACACCAGUCAGAAUGGUUAUUACUAAAAAGUCAAAAAAUCAGAUGCCGGCAAGGCUGGUGAGAAAAGGCAACACUUAUAUACUGCUGGUGAGAAUGUAAAUUAGUUCAGCCACUGUGAACAAAGGUUUGAAGCUUUCUCAAAGAACUUAAAAUCGACCUACCAUUUGACCCAGCAAUCCCAUGAGUGGGCGUAUACCCAAAGGAAAAUAAAUCAUUCUACCAAAAAGACACAUGCACUCGCAUGUUCAUCGCUGCACUAUUCACAAUAGCAAAGACAUGGAAUCAACCUAGGUGCCCAGCAAUGGUGGACUGGAUAAAGGAAAUGUACAUACACACCAUGGGGUACUACACAGCCAUAGAAAAGAAUGAAAUCAUGUCCCUUGCAACAACAUGGAUGCAGCUGGAGGCCAUAAUCCUAAGCUAAUUCCUGCAGGAACAGAAAAUCAAAUACCACCUCUUCUCACUUAUAAGUGGGAGCUAAACAUUGAGCACACAGGGACAUAAAUAUAGGAACAAUAAACACUGUGGACUACUUGGUUGGGAGGAAUAGAGAGAGGGAAAUGGGUUGAAAACAUACCUGUUGGGUACUAUGCUUACUACCUGGGUGAUGGGAUCCAUACCCCAAACCUACCACAUCACACAGUAUACCCAUAUAAUGAACCUGCACAUGUACCGUCAGUAUCUAAAAUAAAAGUUGAAAUUUAAAAAUUUUUAAAAAGUUACCAAUGCAAAAAAAUAAAAGGGGGGGAAGAGGACUUGAGACAUUUCUCCAAAGAAGAUAAACAAAUGGCCAAUAAUAAGCACAUGAAAAGAUGCUCACCACCACUAAAUACUAGGGAAAUGCAAAUCAAAACUGCAAUGAGAUACCAGCCAUUAGGAUGGUUACACUAAAAAAAAUACAGACAAUAACAAGGGUCAGCCAGACUCAGGAGUCCACAACGGGGCCAUGGUGCUAGAGACCAUGUCAUAGGUAUGCUUUUGUACCUCUAGAAAAACAAUCAGUUGCCAUCUGAAGAAAAGACAGUGAGAAUCAGAAUAUUAAAGCUCGAAGGAACUUUAAGGAAGAUCUGAAUGGAAAGGAUCUGUAAUUUAAAAAAACACUGGAAACACAGGAAGAGACAAAGCCUUGAGCAGAAGCUCCAGUACCGUGGCAAAUUCAGGGGGAGCUGCUGUGGGCAGGGGACCCCUCCAUUCCUCUUGUAGCACCCACAUGUACCAAGUAUCCUUUACCAGGUGUUCCUUGCUUGUAAAUACGAUGGUUGAGUUGGACCCAUUGUUUUAAUAGCCUCUCUGACCUUAUUUUUUUAUCUAAGGGACUUAGUGAGUUUGUGACCAAGGUCACAGCUUAUUAAUAAUAACUGUUAAGUAGAACCUCAAUCUUUUUCCUACUCCAUUGCCUGAUUCUGUAAAUAGGUCACACAUCAGCCAACUUCUAGUCCUCCAACCUAGGGCCAAGAUUAGAAGGCUUCCUAGGCAAAGUGCUAGCAGCCCUCUCUCUUCACUACGGAGCCCUGAGAAGCCCAUUUCCACCUGCAUUCCCCCAAGGGGGCUAGAGGGAAGAAUGGAGGCAGAGGUGGUAGCUGGUGCUGGCUGGCAAAGCUAGGCUUCUGAGCUCACCCACAAAAUUGACUUCCAUUUUAACAUUUAUUGAGUUAUAACAUGGAAAUGCAAAUCCCAGCAACAGAGGGAGAAAGGGAUCAGAACAGCACAGCAGGCCACACACCACAGGGCUCACGCCGGCACUGGCCUGGUAUCAAGGUGCUUCCAAGCCCCAAUCCUGUCUGUGACUCAACCCCACCACAGAACCUGCCAACAAGCACACCUGGCAGAAGCCCAGCCUGGAGGAAUCACAACAUACACACCAUGGUUAGUGGAAAGGGCUAAACACCCAAAAAGCCACCUCAGCAGACUUAAGAGACUGCUUAAAAAGAGAAAAGACUGGUGAUUCUGGUGUAAGGGUCACCUUUUACGUGAAAAUCAAUAAGCAACAUUUUAUACUGUUUUUCAGUCAAUGGACAACCCUUACCCUCUGCCAUCCAGAGCAAUCACAUGGACCUCUUUCAAGCAGCCAAACCACCCCGGGGAACGCUGGGGUGGACUCCUGCUCACUUCCCUCCCAUGAUCUGGCCAUCAAGGCAGACCUGCCAGUGCCCCCCAGCCUCAGGAGCAGCUGGGCACCCUCAGAGCUUGGUCUGCCUUGUGCAGAAAUAAGGGCAGAGUUCCAGGACGACCCAUGCAAAGGAAGACAGGGCAGGCUUCUGCACCCCCCACCUUUAUUACAUGAUUUAAGAGGGUGAAGGAAAAAGACAUGCAGUCAUGUUUUACAAAUAAUAAAUUUAUUUCCAAAUCCUGAAUUAUAACCAAAUUACAAUUCCCUUUAGGUCUUUUUUGCUGCUUUACACAAGGAUUAAAAAAAGCCACAGCCAAGUCACGCAUACACCAAGUGUCCUGGGCCAGUUUUAGAUGCGAUGGGUCCAGCCACCUCCCGCUGCCCCGGCAGCACCUCGGAUACUCUGCAGCCCCACUCCCGCCAUGCCGCGCUCCUGCAUGGAAGAACUCCACCUCCAGACUCUGCCACAGAGUCUGGUCCAGCAGGAACUGCCCUGGGGGGCCGUGAUAUGCACAGAUGAAAGUCCUCAGAUGAAAGGGCUUUGUCCGCAGCCUCAGGGCUCCCGCCAGAAGGCUCAGGACCCAAUAUCUGCUGCCAUCCUCUCUGGGGACAGCCUCAGCUCACAGACCAAAGCGGGCUGGCGUGCGGCGAGGGGUCAUGGGCUCCCCUUGCUCUUUCCGGCCUGGAGUGUAGAUCUUCGUAGACC